GGACGCGGCGUAGCCCGGCUCUCCGGAAGGAGACGUGGCGGCGGUUAAGUCCCCUGUCCCUGGACGCUUUGUAGUCCCGCCGCCGCCUCCUUCUCCUCCUCCUCCACCUCUUCUCUCCGGGUCGAGGAGGUUGAGACGGCGGCUGGAGAGCGUAGCGACGGAGGAUGGAGGAAGGAGGCGGCGGCGUGCCUAGCCUGGUCCCUGGAGGGCCGCUGUUGCUGGUCCUGUGCGGGCUCCUGGAAGCGUCGGGCGGCGGCCGAGCGUUGCCCCAGCUCAGCGACGACAUCCCUUUUCGAGUCAACUGGCCCGGCACCGAGUUCUCUCUGCCCACAACUGGAGUUUUGUAUAAAGAAGAUAAUUAUGUCAUUAUGACAACUGCACAUAAAGAAAAAUACAAAUGCAUACUGCCUCUUGUGACAAGUGGGGAUGAGGAAGAAGAAAAGGAUUACAAAGGCCCUAAUCCACGAGAGCUUUUGGAACCACUAUUCAAACAAAGCAGUUGUUCCUACAGAAUCGAGUCUUACUGGACUUAUGAAGUGUGUCAUGGAAAACAUGUUCGACAGUACCAUGAAGAAAAAGAGACUGGCCAGAAAAUAAAUAUUCAUGAAUACUACCUUGGGAAUAUGUUGGCUAAGAAUCUUCUAUCCGAAAAAGAACGAGAAGCAGAAGAGAAAGAAAAAUCAAAUGAAAUUCCCACUAAAAAUAUCGAAGGUCAGAUGACACCCUACUAUCCAGUGGGAAUGGGAAAUGGUACACCUUGUAGUUUGAAACAGAACCGACCCAGAUCAAGUACUGUGAUGUACAUAUGUCAUCCUGAAUCUAAGCAUGAAAUUCUUUCAGUAGCUGAAGUUACAACUUGUGAAUAUGAAGUUGUCAUUUUGACACCACUCUUGUGCAAUCAUCCUAAAUAUAGGUUCAGAGCGUCUCCUGUGAAUGACAUAUUUUGCCAGUCACUGCCAGGAUCUCCAUUUAAACCCCUCACACUAAGACAGUUGGAGCAGCAGGAAGAAAUACUAAGGGUGCCCUUUAGGAGAAACAAAGAGGAAGAUUUGCAGUCAGCUAAAGAAGAGAGAUUCCCCUCGAUCCACAAACCUAUUGCUGUUGGCUCUCAGCCAAUGCUCACUGUUGGAACAACCCACAUAUCCAAGCUGACAGAUGACCAGCUCAUAAAGGAGUUUCUUAGUGGCUCUUACUGCUUUCAUGGGGGUGUUGGUUGGUGGAAAUACGAAUUCUGCUAUGGCAAACAUGUACAUCAGUACCAUGAGGACAAAGAUAAUGGAAAAACUUCUGUGGUUGUGGGGACAUGGAACCAAGAAGAACAUAUUGACUGGGCUAAGAAGAAUACUGCAAGAGCUUACCAUCUGCAAGACGAUGGUACCCAGACAGUCAGGAUGGUAUCACAUUUCUAUGGCAAUGGAGACAUUUGUGAUAUAACUGAUAAACCAAGACAGGUGACUGUAAAACUAAAAUGUAAGGAAUCUGAUUCUCCUCAUGCCGUAACUGUAUAUAUGCUAGAGCCUCAUUCCUGCCAGUAUAUUCUUGGGGUUGAAUCUCCAGUAAUCUGUAAAAUCUUAGAUACAGCUGAACUGAUUGUAUUUUGUUUCUGCUUGGAUAAUGUGAUUCCAAAUAAAACUAAUCCAAGCAAUUUAGAGUCCGGCCUAUUCAAAUGCCAUGAUUAUUGUACUUAUUGAAAGAUUUUUAAAUAAUAAAUUUAUUGUAUAAAUUACAGUAUAUACCUAGCUAAUGAAGAAAUUGAUAGAUUGUUUAAAUGAGAGACCAUGUAAAAUAUAUAAAUGCUAGUGCCUGAAAUCCUCUCAACAAAUUUUUAUGUGGCAGCAGUUCUCUGCCAGGCAUUAAACCAGACAGUGGGCAUGUAGUAAGUAAAGCCUCACUUGUGAGUUUCCGGCAUCACUGUUAGCUCUGGAAAUUCAUUUGUGAUAGGUCACUUCUUUCCCUGAACUUCUGUUUCUUCCUUCUCCAUAUGAGCGUGCUUACUAGCAGAAUAUCAGUCUCAUGAGACAGCUGAGGAUUCUUCUCUAAAUUGAAGUAGUUCAUGCUGAAGCACACUGUGCUAGCUCUCCCUUGUACCUAACUGUAUAUACAGAUCUUAGUUCUGGACAGUUUUACAGCACAUUAUUUAUUUUUAAAGAGAAUAAAAUGUUCAUAAGCAGU